AUGGAAAUUCGAAAUGUUUCCGGUAAAAGUGAAAAAAUUGCCAAUUAUGACGACUCCAACGAAUCCCAGGAUGGUGCUGUUGCACGAGGGAACUGGUCAGGAAAACUGGAGUUUUUGCUGUCUUGCCUAACAUUUGCUGUUGGACUAGGAAACAUAUGGCGAUUUCCGUACCUUUGCUACAGAAAUGGCGGUGGAGCAUUCUUGAUUCCAUAUUUGCUGUUCGUUGCCCUCUGUGCCAUGCCGUUAUUCUUUUUGGAAGUGGCGAUUGGGCAAUUUGGAAGUCUUAGUCCAAUAGCAACAUGGAAGCUGAGCCCAUUAUUCAAAGGUUUAGGAUACAGUAUGACCCUUCUUGCGUUUGUGGUAAAUAUUUACUACAACGUAAUCGUAGCCUGGACAAUCUACUUCAUCUUCGCUUCAUUUACUUGGACUCUUCCAUGGAGUACGUGUGGUAAUUCAUGGAACACGCCCCAAUGUAGCUUAAUAGGACAGGCCAACACUACAUCAAAUGGUACAGUUGACUAUCUACUCAAAAAUUUCACAGCGUACAAAAUAGGGAAUAUAAAUGUCUCAGUAGAUGUAGCUGAAAAUGGAAGCACUUUAGUGAACACUACUCUAAGACGAGUGUCUCCAAGUGAGGAAUAUUGGAGUCGUUAUGUCCUCAAUAUAACUGAAGGUAUUGAAGAUAUGGGUUCUGUCCAAUGGAAGUUGUUGCCUUGCCUUGCGGCGGCCUGGAUGGUAGUGUUUCUGUGUAUCAUCAAAGGCAUUAGGACAUCUGGCAAAGUGGUAUACUUCACGGCUACCUUUCCUUACCUAAUACUCACAAUCCUGUUGAUACGUGGUGUGACACUCCCUGGAGCAGCAGAUGGUCUGAAGUACUACCUCAUUCCCAAGUGGGAAAAACUUGGCAGCUUUAAGGUAUGGGGUGAAGCAGCUAUGCAAAUUUUCUAUUCUUCCGGUGUAGGUUGGGGUGCUGUUGGCACGAUGGCCAGCUACAACACGUUCAACAACAACUGUCACAGAGACUCUGUUUUAAUUCCAAUCAUGAAUGCUGGUACGAGUCUAUUCGCUGGUCUUGUGAUCUUCUCCAUUGUUGGAUUCAUGGCUCACGAAACUGGCGAGAGUAUUGAGAACGUCGUUACUCAAGGUCCUGGACUUGCUUUUGUUGUGUACCCAGAGGCUGUGACCAAACUCCCGGCUGCUCCUGUGUGGUCCGUGUUGUUUUUUACGAUGGUUCUGACAGUCGGCAUUGGUAGUCAGUUCACCUUGGUUCAAAGCAUAGCUGUCUCUGUUGUUGACGAGUUCAACUUGUCUAGCAGGAAAGUACUAGUAACAGCAAUUCUAUGUAUUGUAGAAUUUGUCCUGGGUUUACCAAUGAUAAUGCAAGGCGGCAUGUACGUGUUACAAGUGAUGGACUGGUACGCCGUUACAUUUGUUAUAAUGAUUGUAGCAUUUACAGAGUGCGUAGCAGUUGCUUGGAUAUAUGGCAUGAACCAGUUUUCCAGAGAUAUUGAGUUGAUGAUUGGUUUUAAACCAUGCCUUUGGUGGAAGAUGUGUUGGCGAUUCCUUACACCAGGUCUCGUAUUGUUCAUAUUUUGCUUCAUAAUCAUCACCCACGUACCCGUGACAUACGGGGAUUAUACGUAUCCUGACUGGGCAAUUGGUGUAGGAUGGAUACUGGCUGUUGUAUCAUUCGUACCAAUACCUGAAUACGCAUGCUAUCGAAUAUACAACACAGAUGCUAGUACUUUUGUACAACGUUUACGACUCCUGAGAAUGCCUGAACCAAGUUGGGGUCCAUCGCUUGAAAAAAAUAGAGAAUUGUAUAUCAGUACACUGGAUGAGAGAGUGAAACGACACGUUUUGGGACAAAUGGACUUGGAUACGGCCUCGAUACCACUUAAACAAUGACACAUCAGAAACACCAUUUUGAUUGAAAGAUUGUAUAUUGUGUAUACUGUUACCAUGGUCGUAAAAGGCUAGAACAUCAGGUUCUGUAAAAUAAAUUAAGCAUACCAGUCUUUAUGCUGAACUUUUCAUAUUGAAAACAAUGCCAUGCAUUUCUGAAAGCAUAAAACAUGACAUAGUCCAUCCAAAGAACAAAUGCAUGCGAUUGAGGCAUUUGUGACAAAGAAAUCAAAGGACCAGUUUUGCAUAUAAUUACAAUAAUAUAUAAUACUUUGAAAGUACUUUAUAAAGCACCAUUAACGUACAUUUUUUCAUGAAGAAAAUCGGUGCACUUUUUAAAGAUGAAAAAUAUGGAAUGCCCUAAAAACCUUUCGACCUUCGACCCGCACUUUCGAAGGUCGACCUAUUGGGUGUCCCAAAAGAACAGUUAAUAGGAGCUAUUUUUGCCGAUCUCGAAGAGCACUAGGGACAUUCUGCACGGGGUUCCAUUUUUUGGUUCGAGUUUAUGCGUAUGCUCACGAAUAGAGGUAUUUCAUUCCCAUGAUUCAAAUUGCUUUUCGAUGAUCGGUUGGGAUCGAUACCUUUUGUUG